AUGUCUACCUCACCGACGCCAAAAACCACCUCCCGCCCCUCGAAAUUCAUCGAGGGACCUCCUCUCACAUCUAGAACUCCCAACCUCGCCCAAACAGACGAACAACUCCAAAUCAUUCUCCUAGAAAUGGAUUCCUACGAAACCUCAAGACAAUCACAACGCAAAUCCAAAUCACGGAGCUCAUCGAGUAGUUCCUCCAACUCUAAUUCCUCACAUUCAUCUACCGGUUCUACAUCAUCGAUUCCAUUUUUCACAAGUGCUUCGAAAAGAGCCAGUCACGAUUAUUCACCUUCGAUUUUUACUCCACAUACAUCUGCGAGUAAUAAGAGAUUUAGCGGGGCGAGAGCGAGUUUUGAUAUGAGCAAUCCGUUUACAAGUUCGGAGAGUACGUUGGGAAGGAGUAGGGGUAGUACGAUUGAAAGUAUGAAUGGAUCGGGGAUUUUGGAUGAGGGACCAAUGAAAGAUGCGCAGAUAUUGGGUAUGAAGAUUAAAGGGAGAUUGAGAGCUUGGAGUCGUGCAAAGGAUGAGGGUGUCAGACCUUUUGUGAAUACUUGA